CAGCCCGCGGAGGCCCGGCCCCCUAUUUUCGAAGGCGCGUGAGCAGUUUCACCAUGUCGUCCAAGUCUAUGGUUCUGGGUUACUGGGAUAUUCGCGGGCUGGCGCAUGCCAUCCGCCUGCUCCUGGAGUUCACCGAUACGUCGUAUGAGGAGAAGCGGUACACGUGCGGGGGAGCUCCUGAUUAUGAUCGAAGCCAGUGGCUGGAUGUGAAAUUCAAACUAGACCUGGAUUUUCCUAAUCUGCCCUACCUCGUGGAUGGGAAGAACAAGCUCACCCAGAGCAAUGCCAUCUUGCGCUACAUCGCUCGCAAGCACAAUAUGUGUGGUGAGACCGAAGAAGAAAAGAUUCGAGUGGACAUCAUGGAGAACCAAAUAAUGGAUUUCCGCAUGCAACUAAUCCGGCUCUGUUACAGUUCUGACCAUGAAAAAAUGAAGCCUCAGUACUUGGAACAGCUACCUGGACAACUGAAACAAUUCUCUUUAUUCCUGGGGAAAUUCUCAUGGUUUGCGGGGGAGAAGCUCACCUUUGUGGAUUUUCUCACCUACGAUGUGUUAGAUCAGAACCGUUUAUUUGAGCCCAAAUGCCUGGAUGAGUUCCCAAAUCUGAAGGCUUUCAUGUGCCGUUUUGAGGCUUUGGAGAAAAUAGCUGCCUACCUGCAGUCUGACCGCUUCUUCAAGAUGCCCAUCAACAAUAAGAUGGCCCAGUGGGGCAACAAGAGCACAUGCUGAGCAAGAGGCCGACUUGCACUGCUCGUUUUGGUCUAUCCUGUCCCCAGGGGGCUGUACUUUUUUCCCUUGUAAUACUCUGCUCUUUUCAAUAAAUAGCAUUUAGGCUACU